AUGAGCUUUUUCGGGUUGACGGUGAUCGACGUGUUGGCCGUGUGCCUGGGAGUCGCCCUAGCCGUCGCCUUGAUGAUUAUCAUUUUGAACUGCUUUGUAACCUGUUGGAACGUCUUUUUUCAUCGUCCGGCGUGAGUUUUUGAACAAGAAAAAUUUUAAAAAAAAAAUGGGUUUUUCGGUUAUUUCAUUCAUUCAAAUACAUUCAAAACAAAGAACCACGUUGAAACCCCCAAGAAAUUCAGCAAAUUUCUCGUUUUCAUGUCAAAAAUUUGGCGAAAACACCUCUACUCUGUUUUUUCAUCUCGAGUUUGCAAGAAAUCGUGUGAUGUUUUAAAUAUUUGCAAAGGAAACCAGUUCAUUUUGUACUCCAAUUAGGGCCAAAAUAUUAUUCCUUGAAAUUAUGUGUUUUUUUCCACGAUCAAUGUUCUUUUUCAAAUGAGAUCUUUGUGAUAAUGGAGAUCCGGAGAACAAUAAUUUUUGAAAAAUUUUAAAAAGUUAGAUUGAAGAUUUAAGUGAGAAAUGCGACGUCGAACGGUUGCCUGACGACUACAUCGAGGAGAUUCGUCGUCUUCUGGAGCAACAUCGCAAGGUCGUCGACGAGUACGACUGUGUUUUUGAUGAGGACAGGCCUAUCAGCAGUGUUAGUCGAAAUGAGAUCAUUUAGCCGUUUUUGCGCUUUUACGUCGUUUAAUGAUCCCAAAAAGUUAAGCAGACUAAAUUCAGUUUCAAAAAAGUUAAGCAGACCAAAAUUCAUUCAAAAAUGUUAAGCAGACCAAAAUUCAUUCAAAAAUGUUAAGCAGACCAAAAUUCAGCUACCUAAAAGUUAAGCAGACCAAAAUUCAGCUACUGAAAAGUUAAGCAGACCAAAAUUCAGUUCACAAAAAGUUAAGCAGACCAAAAUUCAUUCAAAAAAGUUAAGCAGACCGAAAUUCAGCUACCGAAAAGUUAAGCAGACCAAAAAUUCAGUUCACAAAAAGUUAAGCAGACCAAAAUUCAUUCUCAAAAAAAGUUAAGCAGACCGAAAAUUCAGUUCACAAAAAAGUUAAGCAGACCAUAAUUCAUUCAAAAAAAGUUAAGCAGACCAAAAUUCAUUCUCAAAAAAAGUUAAGCAGACCGAAAUUCAUUCUCAAAAAAGUUAAGCAGACCGAAAUUCAUUCUCAAAAAAGUUAAGCAGACCGAAAUUCAGCUACCGAAAAGUUAAGCAGACCAAAAUUCAGUUCACAAAAAGUUAAGCAGACCAAAAAUUCAUUCUCAAAAAAGUUAAGCAGACCGAAAUUCAGUUCACAAAAAGUUAAGCAGACCAUAAUUCAUUCAAAAAAAGUUAAGCAGACCGAAAAUUCAUUCUCAAAAAAGUUAAGCAGACCGAAAUUCAGUUCACAAAAAGUUAAGCAGACCAAAAAUUCAUUCUCAAAAAAAGUUAAGCAGACCAAAAUUCAGCUACCGAAAAGUUAAGCAGACCAAAAUUCAGUUCACAAAAAAAGUUAAGCAGACCAAAAAUUCAUUCUCAAAAAAAGUUAAGCAGACCGAAAUUCAGUUCACAAAAAAAGUUAAGCAGACCAUAAUUCAUUCAAAAAAAGUUAAGCAGACCAAAAAUUCAUUCAAAAAAAGUUAAGCAGACCGAAAAUUCAGCUACCGAAAAAGUUAAGCAGACCAAAAUUCAGUUCACAAAAAAAGUUAAGCAGACCAAAAAUUCAUUCUCAAAAAAAGUUAAGCAGACCGAAAAUUCAGCUACCGAAAAAGUUAAGCAGACCAAAAAUUCAGUUCACAAAAAAAGUUAAGCAGACCAAAAUUCAUUCUCAAAAAAAGUUAAGCAGACCAAAAAUUCAUUCUCAAAAAAAGUUAAGCAGACCAAAAAUUCAGUUCACAAAAAAAGUUAAGCAGACCAAAAUUCAGUUCACAAAAAAGUUAAGCAGACCAAAAUUGAUUCUCAAAAAAAGUUAAGCAGACCGAAAAUUCAGCUACCGAAAAAGUUAAGCAGACCGAAAAUUCAGCUACCGAAAAAGUUAAGCAGACCAAAAUUCAGUUCACAAAAAAAGUUAAGCAGACCAAAAAUUCAUUCUCAAAAAAAGUUAAGCAGACCGAAAAUUCAGUUCACAAAAAAAGUUAAGCAGACCAUAAUUCAUUCAAAAAAAGUUAAGCAGACCGAAAUUCAUUCUCAAAAAAGUUAAGCAGACCGAAAUUCAGUUCACAAAAAGUUAAGCAGACCAAAAUUCAUUCUCAAAAAAGUUAAGCAGACCGAAAUUCAGCUACCGAAAAGUUAAGCAGACCAAAAUUCAGUUCACAAAAAGUUAAGCAGACCAAAAUUCAUUCUCAAAAAAGUUAAGCAGACCGAAAUUCAGUUCACAAAAAGUUAAGCAGACCAUAAUUCAUUCAAAAAAAGUUAAGCAGACCAAAAUUCAUUCAAAAAAAGUUAAGCAGACCGAAAUUCAGCUACCGAAAAGUUAAGCAGACCAAAAUUCAGUUCACAAAAAGUUAAGCAGACCAAAAUUCAUUCUCAAAAAAGUUAAGCAGACCGAAAUUCAGCUACCGAAAAGUUAAGCAGACCAAAAUUCAGUUCACAAAAAGUUAAGCAGACCAAAAUUCAUUCUCAAAAAAGUUAAGCAGACCAAAAUUCAUUCUCAAAAAAGUUAAGCAGACCAAAAUUCAGUUCACAAAAAGUUAAGCAGACCAAAAUUCAGUUCACAAAAAGUUAAGCAGACCAAAAUUGAUUCUCAAAAAAGUUAAGCAGACCGAAAUUCAGCUACCGAAAAGUUAAGCAGACCGAAAUUCAGCUACCGAAAAGUUAAGCAGACCAAAAUUCAGUUCACAAAAAGUUAAGCAGACCAAAAUUCAUUCUCAAAAAAGUUAAGCAGACCAAAACUCAGCUACCUAAAAGUUAAGCAGACCAAAAUUCGGCUACCUAAAAGUUAAGCAGACCAAAAUUCGGCUACCUAAAAGUUAAGCAGACCAAAAUUCAGUUCACAAAAAGUUAAGCAGACCAAAAUUCAGCUACCUAAAAGUUAAGCAGACCAAAAUUCAGUUCACAAAAAAAGUUAAGCAGACCAAAAAUUCAUUCUCAAAAAAAGUUAAGCAGACCAAAAAUUCAUUCUCAAAAAGUUAAGCAGACCAAAAAUUCAGUUCACAAAAAAAGUUAAGCAGACCAAAAAUUCAUUCAAAAAAAAGUUAAGCAGACCAAAAUUCAGUUCACAAAAAGUUAAGCAGACCAAAAUUCAUUCUCAAAAAAGUUAAGCAGACCAAAAUUCAGUUCACAAAAAGUUAAGCAGCCCAAAAUUCAUUCAAAAAAAGUUAAGUAGACCAAAAUUCAGCUACCGAAAAGUUAAGCAGACCAAAAUUCAGUUCACAAAAAGUUAAGCAGACCAAAAUUCAGCCCACAAAAAGGUGAACAGACCAGAAUUCAGUUUACAAUAAAUUAAGCGGACCAAAACGUCAGCUAUCAACCAAAGAUUUUUUUUUUCAAAUCAUUGAAAACCUUCAGCUUUUUGAGAGAACUAGGAAACAGAAUUUUAUCUUUUUUUCAAGCUUCAGAACUUUCAUUUCGUUCUGAUUACAGGCAAGUCGAGUCGAUAAAUCAACUUUUGUCACGAUGAGGUCAAGGACCAGCUCCGGGAGGCACUCAAGACAAAAUGUUGGUUUUGAAAAGCUUUGAAAUAUUUAAUAUUAUCAUGUCAGUGAGGUCUUUCGCUCUUUUUUUUAUGGUUUUUCUCCCAAUUUGAUGGAAGCCAUAACAAGGUAUUUUUUUUUUUAGGAAACUCUAAAAACCCCAGUAAACUCGAAAGAGUCGCUGAACAACGAAGAAGCAAUCGAAGAGAAGCGCCGGACUUGGACCGGCUUGACUGAUUCCCAAUUUGAACCCAUUGGUCCAAGUUCUACCACUUUUGAAACUCCAAAAACGUUGGUUUUUUAUUUCAAUUAAUUUAUUCAGUAGCAAUGUACACAUAG